UACCUUGCAAUUUGGAGACCCACAAGUUUUGGCUUUUUUUUUCAUUGUGCCUUAAUCUCUCCCUCCCUCCCCCGUCUCCCGCCUUGGUUUUGCGGGGAGACUCGGGGGCACUUCGAAUAUGAAUCCCAAUGAUACCUUAUUCUCUCAAGUUGACUUAAUUUCCUCAUCCCCCAAUGAGACAUUUUACAAUGUCUGCAUUAACAUUCCACCUCGAAUUUCUUCGGAUGGAAUAUGGGGAAGCCACAAGCAUUCUGCCUCCCCAUUAAAAUCUUCAUUCCCAAUCUUUGAGUUGCAGGUCAUUGUUAUUUUUGCGAUCACUCAUAUAUGUCAUUUUUUCUUCAAGCGCUUGGGAUUUCCUCUCUUCUUCUCGCAAAUGAUGGCUGGCUUCAUUUUGGGACCCUCGAUUCAUUUUGAGCCAUUAGACAAGUGCAAAAGAAUCUUGUUUCCUUAUGGGAGUCAGGAUACUCUCGCAACAAUUUCAGCACUCGGUUAUGCACUGUUCAUCUUUCUAUAUGGAGUACAAAUGGAUACUUCUAUGAUACUAAGAACAGGAAGAAAAUCGUGGAUCAUUGGCCUCAUAGGAUUAACUAUACCUAUUGGCAUAGGAUAUUUAUUCCAUUACGUUAUCUUAGAGAAGCCAUUAACAGCUAUUCUAGGAAUCUAUUAUCCGAGCCUGCCUGUCAUAUUUGUAUCACAUAGCACAACUUCAUUUGCAGUUAUUGCAUCCUUUCUCAAUGAUCUUAAAAUCCUAAAUUCAGAGCUUGGCAGGCUAGCAUUAUCCUCAGCGUUAGUGAGUGACAUUUUGAGCACGACUUUCACAAGCUUUGCCACUGCCAUUGUGAGUAGCAUUAUGGGCAGGAAAAAGCUUUAUGAAACCUUGGGCUCCUUGUUUGCAGCUAUCAUAUUGAUCCCAUUAGUAGUUCGUCCAGCAAUGCUUUGGAUCGUAAGACAUACACCAGAGGGUAGACCCGUGAAGCAAGUUUACAUUUAUAACAUCAUUGCAUUGCUCUUUGCAUUAUGUUGGCUUCUGUCAAGGUCAGAUCAAGCCUUUGCUUUGGGAGCUUUCAUCCUGGGGUUGUCUGUGCCAGAAGGACCCCCAUUAGGAUCCGCACUAGUUACACAACUUGAAUUGAUAGGAAAAUCAUUCCUCUUGCCCAUCUUUGUGACUACCAGUGUGAUGAAAGCUGAUCUCUCAUUGGAGGAUACAUUAAGGACAUUUAUAAUUAUGGGAUGUCUCGUCAUUAUAGUCCAUAUUGUCAAAAUAUCUGCUUGCCUGAUACCUUCACUCUAUAGCAAGAUGCCCUUCAAUGAUGCUUUGGCUCUUGCUCUCAUUAUGAAUUGCAAAGGUGUGGUGGAUGUAGGCAUAUACAAUUCCGUGUUUGAUAGGAAGCAACUGCAUGCCCCGACUUAUGGAGUGAUGAUGAUUAGUGUAAUGCUUAUGGCAACCAUUGUGCAAAUAUCUGUGAAAUGUUUGUAUGACCCUACAAGAAAAUAUGCUGGCUUUCAGAAAAGGAACAUCAUGAAUUUGAAACCCAACUCAGACCUUCGUAUGCUUGUUUGUAUUCAUAAACAACACCACCUCUCUGGUAUCAUGCAUUUCAUUGAUCUUUGUAAUCCAACGCAUGACUUUCCCGUCAUUGUCGACGCCUUGCACUUGAUCGAGCUUGUUGGACGCUACCAACCCAUAUUUAUCUCUCACCGUCUGCGAAGAGAUGCGAACUUGGGCUUGACAAACUCGUACUCUGAGAAUGUACUCAUGUCCUUUCAGAAUUAUGAACACGGCAAGAACCCAGGUGCGGUAUCAACUAACACUUACACAGCCAUAUCUCCAUUUAGCUACAUGCAUGAAGAUGUUUGUUACCUUGCACUGGACAAACUUGCAUCCAUUAUAGUACUUCCAUUCCAUCGAAGAUGGUCCAUUGAUGGCUCCAUUGAAUCAGAAGACAAGAACAUCAGGUCUUUGAAUUGUAGGGUCCUAGAGAGAGCUCCUUGCUCAGUUGGUAUCCUUGUAAAUCGCGCAUCCCUUCCAAGUGAACCAAGUAUGACAUUGCAUUUGGCUGUUAUCUUUUUCGGUGGGAAAGAUGAUCGAGAGGCCUUGUGCUUAGCCAAACGAGCAAGCAUAAACCCUCACAUUAGGUUAGUUGUCUACCACAUUCCUGAGAAAGACAACUCAAGAUCAUCUACCUUGGAUAAAUUAUUGGAUAAUGCAGUGCUCAAAGAUGUCAUGGAAGGACAUUAUGGUUCACAUGUGAUUUAUAAAGAAAUUAUAACAGAGGGUGGAGAAGAUAUUGCUUCUGUUAUUCGUGAUCUAGUCGAUGAUCAUGACUUCUUUAUUGUUGGGAGGAGGCAUGAUGUUGAAAGUAGUGUAACAUCUGGACUUAAAGAUUGGUGUGAGUUUGAAGAGUUGGGUAUCAUUGGAGACUUGCUUGCCUCACCAGAUUUUGAAAGCUCGGCAUCUGUUUUGGUGGUGCAACAACAGCAAGUACUCAAGUAAUUAAGAACAAAAAAGAAAACGGGUAAUUCUGCAGACUGCAAGGAAACAGUAGAUGUUGGGAUUCUAAUUCUACCUUCCUUUUUUGAAAAUUUGACUUCUAUAAAUUGCAAAAAUGUCACAUGACAUAC